AUGAGUACUGGCCCGGGGUACCAGGGCACUACGAAUACUGGCCCAGGAUACCUGAACACUAUGAGUACUGGUCUGGGGUACCAGAGCACUCCGUGUACUGGCAUGGGAUACCAAAGUACUAUGAGUACUGGCCCGGGGUACCAGGGCACUACGAAUACUGGCCCAGGAUACCUGAACACUAUGAGUACUGGUCUGGGGUACCAGAGCACUCCGUGUACUGGCAUGGGAUACCAAAGUACUAUGAGUACUGGCCCAAGAUACAAGAACACUGCAAGUAAUUGCCGGGAAUACAAGAGCACUACGAGUUCUGGCUCGGGAUACCAGAGCACUGCAAUACCUGGUCUGGGGUACCAGAGUAGUCAUAGUACUACAAUUAUUGGCCCGGGGUACCAGAAAACUAUGAGUAUUGUCCUGGGAUACAAUAGCACUACGAGUACUGGCCUUGGGUUCCAGAACACUGAGAAUAACGACAAAUAA